UUAUUAUUAUUAUUAUUAUUAUUAUUAUUAUUAUUAUUAUUAUUAUUAUUAUGUGGGCAAAGCAUAGCCAGGACCGCCUGUUCCACCCUGCCCUCACCCCAGUUGAUUGAGACCCCUCCCUCAAUGGAUUAGGGGGUUUACCAACUGAACCAAAAUAAGGAACGCUUUUAUUUGGUAGCUUGACGCUGGUCUGCUUGAAUUCUGAUGAGCAGGAAACUCCCUGUGUCUCAUUUAAUAGACAGACAGGGCAGUGAAGGAUACUGACUGGAACUGAUCCUUCAGCUGAGGAACCAACGAGGGACCUGCCAAGGAUCUACUGAAGAUCAACUACAGGGAUCUGCCAAGGAUCUACUGAGGCAUCCAGCUGAGGAUCAACUAGAGGAUGAAUGAAGGACCUAGAUUGGGACUGAUUAAGGAUCAACCUUGAUAACCAGCUACAGGAUCAGUCAAGUGUCAUUAAGGAUUGAUAGAGGAUCAACUAAAAGGAUUAAGAGAGAAUCAAUUAGGGACCAAGAGAGGAUCAUUCAGGAUCGGUUUGGGAUCAGAAUCGCCGCGCGCGCACACACUCUGAGCUGAAGGAGUGUUGCUCUUUUUCUCCUCGUGUUGUGUUCGUCGCAGUCAUGGGAUGCAACAUGUGUGUGAUGCAGAAACCAGAGGACCAGUGCAAAGUGAUGUUCCAGGUGAAUGGGAAGGAGCUGUCUCGUCUCUCCCAGCAGCAGACUCUUGAAGUCCUGCGCAGCUCCAGGGACCCCCUUGUCAUCCAGGUCCUGAGACGCAGCCCAAGGAGCAAAGGGGGUGCGGUUGGGGGCGGGGCGCUGCAGGAUUUUAUUGACAGCGGAACCCAGACUGACAUCACCUUCGAACACAUCAUGGCUCUGAGCAAACUGAGACCCCCCUCCCCACCCCUGCCCCCUGCAAUCGAGCCAUACUCACUGGCAGAGCUGUGA